GUCAUGAGCUGCUGCCGCUUGGACCUGUAGGAAGCAGCUGGCGCAGCAGUCCUCUGUGUUGAGUCAACGUUGCAUCUGCGGGGCUGAGGCAGCGGCGGCGGCGGCGGCGGCAUCACUGGACUCAGACGAGAUGACAUAGCGACCGGGCGAGCCUGUGUCACCUGAACCGCUGGAUCGAACCGUGCUGAUAUUAUUUCUUCACCAGUUAGCAGUGUCUUAAUUCGCUGUCCAGCGGCAUCUCGGGCUGCUUACCAAUGCUCUCAGCGAGCUCUCCUCUCAUAGAUGUCGAUCUAAGUUGCUGCAAGCUAGCGUUAGCUCGCUGCUGCUAUCCUUCAGACAUCGAAGUGGCCACAUAAACAUGCGGAUCGUCGAGGCUGACACCCCCGGGACAUCUCUAACAUUAAACGCUGCCUGCAGGACACGAGUUUCGACUGGCCGCUGACCGGACUCUGCAAAGUCUCUGUGUAAAUGCCACUCAGGAUUUUCUAUUUAUUCCACACAUGUGCAAACUCCUGUCUGUUAGCCUGUUAGCCUCAAAGGGUCGGUAAGCUAGCGUUGAGGCUACUGCUAAGUGCUACAAACAAAUAACAAGCUAACACAAGAGUUUAAUGUCAGUGUAACGUUAACAUGAAUGUCUGGCAAACCGUGGAUAGCUGUUUAGUAAGUUAUUAGUUAUGCUGUAUAAGAGGCCACCAUCUCGCUAACUAUCCUUAUUUAAGUGUGGUCACAUCGACAUUUCAUGGAUGCUAACGGUUUUAGCGUCAUUGUUAGCCGGUGUUGUGCCGUAGAAUGCAUCCCCGCUGUAGUAUGCACCCCCUGACGGGAGCGCGGUUGAAAGUACAUAACAAGGCGAAAUAAUACAAGUUUUCCUUACUAUUGGGUGGAUUCAAAAGCGUGUACCUUUAACGAUUUCAUUCAGGCUAUUCAGAUAAGACAAAAACAAUCGCCCUCUGUCCCGAAAAUAUUAUUUCCUCUACAUUGACAGCUUACUGUACAGUUUGUAUACCCAAGUACACAUCUAUAUAUGCAUUUUUCAGACACAUAAACAAAACGAAAUUCUGCUGCUCCAUUUAACAUCUUGUCCUUAUCAAAUACGCGUGUUUUUUUUUUAAAUAUUAGAUCAUUUCCUUCCACUUUAAGAAGCUAACGAGUGGCUGGGAUGCAGGGGGUGCGUUAUAUGGCAGGGAUACAUUUCACGGCACAACACUAGCGGUUGAACGCCGCAGACGGUCGGUCAUGCUUUCCUAGGCGAGGGGUGACAUGUACUGCGACCAGCAUUGUCUGUUCAUUUACUACACUCUGGUGACCCAGUUUUCCAGCUUACGAGUCAUCCUGACAAUAAAGCCACUUGAAUUGUGUAACUUUUGACCAGCUGGCGUUAAUUUUAGCAUAACUAGCAGGUUGAACGUUAUUUAAUCUGCAGCGCUGGAUAUGUAAGCGCCAAUUCACUCCAAGUUUAUGUGAUAUAUGUGCUCACAGAAGAGCACGAUUAAGACAAAAAAGCUCAGGAAUACAUGUAGAAAAGGAUUCGCUGUUUUUAAUGCUUGACUAUUUAGCCCAUAGUGUUAACCAACAUGUCAACCAAAGGCCGGUCUCGUUUGAGGUACUUGGUGUGCUACCUGUCAAGCUCGACCCGUAAAUCGUUUGUCAGACAGGUAACAUUGGCAAACGUUAAUGUCAGGGUCUGUGAGCUCCAGCAGCCGUGCCUGUGUCAAUAGUUUCGACGUUCAGGAUUUUAAAAAUAGCGCAAUGCGUAUUUUGCUAAUGGACUUCAACUUUUUAAUGAGUCAGCUAGUGUAGUGUAAGCAAACUGCUAAACCGCAUGGAACUAGCACAUGGUUGCCCCAGGAAUUAAUGUGAAUAACGCGUUUCAAUGUCAUCAGAUGGACAGGGCAGCAUGCUGCACAAAGGGGCCUUCUGUCUGUACUCAGCAUUUAUAUAGUCCCCAUGCACCGUCCAUUCCCCGAUAUUGCAAACCUGUUUUCCAACUCGUGUCCAUCACCCCCUCCCGUAUUGCUCUUAUUUUUAUUGUGAAUCUGGCAAGACGUCCCAGAGACCUUUUGGACCUGAAGUCCAGCAUUGAUCCGUACAGUAUGUUGGACUUUGAUAGUCUGCAUUGUUUGUAAUCACAGUCAAUGCAGCCAAAUGCAUACAUGUGGGAGUUGCUACAAGUCAGAGAGAUCAAUACAGACUGUUGCUUCACUGAUUCUUGUUUUUUUGUUCUUUUUCAGAGAGGAGAAAGAGAGACGGAUCUCAAGGACCAGAUUGCCUACUGAACUUUUCGCCUCAGAUCACCAGGGACCAUGCUGACCAUCCUAGCUGCUGGGUCUGUGUUCUUUCCAGGCCUUUUCCUUCUGUCCAAACAAUGCCUGAAGACGAUCCCAGCACUGAGGUGGAGCGAAGGAGAUGCAGUCAUUGUAUCUGCCAGGUAUUGUUUUUUUAAGGUGUUUUUGAGUGAGCAAAUUGUGCACAUUACACUUUCUCUGUGGCAACAGCAACCUCCCAAAAGUUCUUGUACCGUCCAAGUAGUUUUGGACUGAAGCUUGCACGUAGUUUUUUUCUUUGACUCGAGAAUGAAAUGUUGUUGCUGCAUUCGUAAUGUGUUUUUCCCUUGUGCUUUUAGAUGUAUUGCUCCUGCGUAAAAGCAUAUGGGGACUUACCAUUUGUUACAUAGACAGUUUAAACCUCUCGCCACACGGCCUAUUAAGAAAUGCAUUAUUUGCUGUUUACUUGUUAUUCUCUGCUGUCAGGUUGGUGUCAUCAGUUCAAGCAGUCAUGGCUUCCUCAGCUGGUUACAUCAUAGCUUCUUCCUGCGAGGACAUAAUAGAGGACCAGUAAGUUUAAAAAAAUCCUAUUAAAAUGCAUUAUUUCAACAUUAGACACAAAAUGUAAACAAGAAAUCCAUAACCCCUGUUCUAUAAGAGUCCAGACAUUGUGCACAUUGUCAAUGAAACUAAUUUUGAUGGUCUGCAAAUCAUUAAAAUCCUAGACUGAGUUGAAAGUAGUGGAAUGACAAAAAAAAUUAAAUGUUGAAACUGAUAUGCUCAUUUGAAAUGUUGAUACCAGUAACAAGUUUCAUCUUGGACAGGGACAUGAAAUCUUCAAAACAGUUGUGUAAUGCUUAAAAAAAUACCAGGAGGAACAUCUCCAUACAGAAGAGACAAAGCUGAUAACUGUUACCACAUGACUGUGAAUUUCAGACCCCCAGGUGGCACUGCACCAAAAAGACAUAACUCUGAAUGUGGAAAUCACUGCAUGGGCUCAGUCAUAUCUAAAAGCUGUCUGUAAACCCAGUGUGCUGCUGCAUCUACAUGUGCAGGUUAAGUCUGUAUUUGCAAAGAGGAAACGUGUAAAAUCAAAAUCCUCUGCUCUGAACCGAGGGUAUGGAACCCUAAUGAAAUAGUAAUGCAUGAGUGCCUAUGGCAUGGCUAGUUUGCACACUUGGGAAGGCACCACUGAUGCUGAACAUCAUAAACAGGUUCUGGAGGAACAUAUGCUGCCCUCCAGACAAUGGCUUUUUUUAGGGGAGACCUUACAUACUGCAGCAAGAAGAUGCCAAACAUCAUUUUACAAUUAUUACUACAGCAUGGCACCAUAUUUGAAUGAAAAUGUAUAUUUUCAUCAAACAAAUUUUCUGUUUGAACAUUAUGUAUAUUGUUUCUGCACUAUUUUCAUUUAACUAUAAGCUUUAAAUGAUUUGCAAACCAUCAGAUUCUAAUAUCAGGGUUUUACUCUCAUCUACUGUGGUGUAACCACAAUCUUCAUUCUCUGGAAAGUAUCUGCAGUUUAAGGUGUUAUGUAUGUGAGCAGUUUUUUAGUUUAUCUGUUCUUGCCAUUUCAUCUUCAGUACUUCAGAUUGUUUUCAGUUCAGUUGAGAUUGGUUCCAUUGAGUUUUCUAGGAUUGUGUUGAAGAAAAGUCAUUCCCAUUUCAGGCGUGAUAGCUGCUCUUUCUUUUAGAUUAGAGAUUCGAUUCCAUCUGUGGGCCUCACUUUAAAAAUAAUGCUCUUCUCCCCUCCUACCCAGGCAUUGGCUGACAAGCACUUACAUCAUGUUUGCCGUUCCCUACUUCGUCUACGACAUCUACGCAAUGUUCAUGUGCUACUGGUACAAGCUACGGGUCAAAGGGCAUGAGGAGGCCUCGGCAGCGCCCCAACAUAUGAGCUCAGCACUGACCAGCUACUUGCGUCGCGAGUUCCUCAUGGUGCUGCACCAUGUUGUCAUGGUCACCGUCUGCUUCCCCGUCUCUGUGGUAACUUUCACUUCCUUCUUUUUCUGUGGGACUGAAGUUUUAGGGGGAAAAGGAAAGCCUUGGUUAUGGAAAUGAAACUACCCACUCUGUGCUGGUAUACUAUUGUAUAGUUUGUUCAAUGCUGCUAAAAAUCUCUGGGUUAGAUAAAGAAUUGAUAAUACUGUGACCCCUGUAUUUGCAGUUUUCUAGAAAUAUUUUGUUGCUACUAAUGCAUUGCAGUGGAAUCACACUUUUUCAAAACAUGACACAAACCAGAAGUCACUGGAGCUUUAAGAUAUUAGUUGUUAGGAAAUUUCUGCCACAAUUAAACAAAGAGUAUCCAAACUAAUGCCUUUUUUCUGAUCAGUCCACCUGCAGUUACAGUUACAAGUUUAGACUCACAGUUUUUAUCUGUCCUUGCACUGCUCAACAAGCUAUGUGUGCUGUGCAUUAUAUAUGCGAUGUAAUCUCAGAUUUGCGAAAUAAAAAAAAGAAGAUAAAAUUUGAUCGCAGAGACAUCUCAAGGUCUCGUUUUACCAUAUAUCCAGACUACUCAUAAAAGUAUUAAAGAGCCAAGCACAUGUUUGGAGAAAUAGGAAUUAAGCCUUAAAAAGCUUUCUUUGCCAGCUCCAGCUAAUCAUUUAAUUACAGAGGGGUAUUUACUGAAAAUCUUUCUUAAUGACCACAUAAGAACAAGCUGUAAUUACACUCUAGAUGGUUAAUCAACCUCUUUUCCUUUCUCUAGUUUUGGCGACAAGGAAAGGGAGAUUAUUUCCAAGGUAUAAUGUUCAUGGCGGAGCUCAGCACUCCAUCCGUCUGCUUAGGAAAAAUUCUCAUCCAGGUGAGUGUCUAGGUUCAGCUUCCAGAGGACCGGAGUGCAUCGCUGCAUGUGCAUCUGUCACACUAAAAUUCUUCUGCACUCUUCACUUCUCUUUUUUCCCUUCACCUUCUCACUCAAUGGGAAAAAUAUUUCUGGUCACUCCCAGCAUGCGGCUUGUUCAUGCCCAUCGGCUGUAUCUCACAUGAGCAGCACUGUCAGACACAUCACUCAUUAAGUUGGUAACACUGCUUGCUUGAUAGGUAGAAGAUGCAGCCCCCUCCGUUUUUGUUGUGGUGUUGUGUUCGGUGUGUCAGUGUCGAGGUUAAGGUUGCCCCUUCCUUGCUUUCUGCUCGUCUCCCCUUCUGAGGCUCCCACAGCUGUUAGUCUCUCAAUAUAGCCCUUUAGUAUUUAGAUGGGAUAUUCUGCAGAUACAAUAUCAGCUUGUCCCCCCCCACUCUCAAUCACUCAGCACCCUGCCUGUCCCUGACAACAGUGCAUGUUGCCGUUUGAUAAACAAUAGCAGGCUAAUAGCUGUGGCUUUGUAAACCUGUGGAAUAGUCGGUAAUAAAUGUGCAAUAAAAACAUCAGUAUUUAUUGAGGAGAUGCCAUGGAGGUAAAGGGGAGGAAAGAAGAGAAUAGUAAUGAGGUGAACCUCUAGAGAAACGCAGGCAGGCUUGUUGUGUUAUCUCACUGGAGCAGGUUGGCCAUAGCAGAUAAAAGUUGUCACUGGCUGAAAACCAAGAAGACCACUGAGCACCAGGGCCUCAACCAGCUGCAUGACAUAUUGUGCUCUCCAUCAUCACUCAGUCUGUUCAUGCAGAUAUUAUUAGCAAAUAUAACAAUAUUAGUAUUAACAAUGUAACAAUGUAGGUAAGAUUAACUUCGUCAGCUCUCACCAAACUGUACUGCUUGCUUUUCUUCCUCCCUCACUCUGGACCUCUCCCUCUGUUUUUUUCCGCUCUCAGUACAAACAGCAACACACUCUCCUGCACAAAGUGAAUGGGGCUCUAAUGCUGAUCACUUUUUUCAUCUGUCGAGUCCUCCUCUUCCCUUACCUCUACUACGUCUAUGGAAGGUAUGUCUGUCUUUCCAUCUCUGUUUUUCUCAUGUUCUGCUGUCUCGCUGAGCUUGGGUCGGCAACUUGCACAUGAUUUUUAUCUUAAUGGAUAUUUGGCUCGCAACACUUUUUUUUACAACCCGAUGUGUCUCCUCCUUUUGGAUCUAGGUACGCGUCCAUUCCCUUCCACAUGGUUCCCCUAUCGGUGCCGUGGCACUGCAACCUCGGUGCCGCCCUGCUCAUGGCCCCUCAGCUCUAUUGGUUCUCCCUCAUUUGCAGGGGUGCCCUGCGACUGUUCACAGGUUCCUCCCGCUCUCAGAGACCGCGCUCCAGCACAGCUGCAGCUAAGGAGCGCCAGACAGAAAGCAAUGCGCUGCCGCAGCCCGCCAAUGGCUACAGCGCACGCUCCACAGAGUCCGACCUGGCCACCCACUGAGGAGGGUGUAGGGGGAGGGUGGGGAGGGAAGGAAGGCGAAUGUACCAAUGAGUAUGUAAAGAAAGGAAAGCUUUGAGGGAAAAAAAGAGACUUGAAACAAGUAGCAAUAUGAAGAAAGCUACAGACAAUGGCCUCAAACAGCGCCGAAGUUUUUGCGGCCAGCAGUCAAACUCUAAACGCCAAAUGUUUGCUUGCUGGCCUUCAAGCACUUCAGCUUCUCAGUUUGUAUGAAGCGUGUGGGGUGUUAAGCGCACUCAGUAUUUAAAGAUGUCAUCCGGCACUGUGACAGAUAGGAACAUGCACUGACCUGAGAGGAAUUUGCCUGGAUGUAUAGCAAGCAUAGGUGGCUAUUUCCCUCAUGUAGAUCAAAUUCAGUCCUCUCUGCCUCACUGUACAGGAAGAGCAGGAAAAUAGGAAUGUAUUAUAUUGUAUGUUAGUACAUUUGCUGUAGAUGGAAGGCCUGAUUCAGUUUAGUAAUGAAGAGGACCUUCAAAAAAGAAAAAAAUCCCGGCUAAGCAGUAUUUUGACUUGUUAGUGUUUAUUAUCUGUAUCCUCUAUGUAGUCACUGUCACUCUAACAAAAUGUAACCAACCUGCAGACUGACUCACCUUUUUAGAAGGGAGAUAAUUUCACAAGACUGUAUUCUGCUGCCUUAUCCCUUUUUCUCCCAUUCCUCACACUUUCUUUACAUUUUGAGUUAUUUAUAACCUCUGCAAAGAAGAAAGAGGCUCCCUCAGACGGACAAAUGUGACAGGUGUACAUAGCCAAUGUAAAAUUGUCCUCAUUUCCACUUCAGUAUUAGGUCGACGUUGUUUUUGUUAUUUUUGUCUAAUUUCUGCCGCACAUUUUUCAUCAACAUCUUAGCAGUGAACGAAACAUUUUAGGUUUACCUCUCAGUGUAUGCCGACUCCUCCUCAGACCUCCCGACAUCCACUUAUUGUUUCAGUGUAGAUACGACUCCAUUCCAUUUAUUACUAUUACAAAGUGUUUUUUGGCAUUUUGCAAUCAUGGAAGUGAUGCACAGCAGCACUCGCUUUCAAAGUGAUGUCUUUUGGUUCAUUUUGUUGCUUGUGUAAAUCGCAGGACAUUCAUUCGAUUGGCUUGACUAAGGGAUCCAUGAGAUUGGAAUAUUUCUAGCUUUGUUAGGAGCCUCCUAAGUUUGAAGGGAAACAAAACAAUCCAGGGAAGCGUUCCCAUGUGAUUGACAUGCAGCACGUGUCCAUGAUUUCUACAUGUCUUUUAACCACUCCUGAGUUCAUGAAUCAUUUUAGCGUUUUACAUUUUAUGGUUUGCUUUUGAUCAUUGAGCCGUAUUUAUUUGAGCCACUGGUUCUAUGAACCUUUUAUGAACAAACUACUUAGUUUUUUUUUUUUUCCGUUUUUCUUGUUUAAAGCAGCUUCAGUAUCCUGAUAAUGGGUCUAGAAAAAAAAAAGAAAACAAAGCUCAGAAACCAUUAAGACAGGGCAGUGUGUGCCAAAAAACCAUAUGGUCAACUGUGGGCAUGUUGAACACAGAGUAUCCAUUCCCCUGUUCCAUGAACUCAUAAGGUACUGCUUCUUGACAAUACUAAAACAUUUCAACUGAUGUACUGUAUAUUCCACAAAAUGCUCGUUAUUUAUUUGUAAGUAUUUAUUUAUUUAUUUAUUUGGGUUGUGGUUUUGAAUGCAUAUUUAUGCAUACAUAUUAUACUAUAUGCUUCUGAGCCUUAUGUGAAGGCUGUAUUGUUACUCAAACUUAGCUAAAAUAUACUUCUCUGUCCUGAGUCUGCCUUGAGUGUUUUUUUUUCCUGUGUUGAAAACAAAUUUCAUGAAGUACACCAUGUUACUUUUAAGUUCACUGCUAUAAGCCGCUAGAUGGCGCCAGACCAGCACUUCAUAUAUUAGCAGUUUCAAGUAUUCAAAAGCGGACUAAUCUUUGCCUAACAGAGGUAAAACUUUAUGAUGUGACUUAAGAUUUUUAGUGCUCAUCCUGCACACUAAUAAAUAGACCUGUUACGACUAUCCAGGGUUUAAAAUGUUUAUUGUCAAUAUACAAAACACAUUAAAAAAAACAUGUAAAA